AUGCUGCGGCUCCGCUGCGGGCUGAGGCAGCUCCGGGCAGGACCCGGUACUCUGGCCUCCGCUCGGCUUCUUCUUGGUGCCGAGAUGCCUAAGGGGGCUGGUGUGACGAACAAGGGUGAAAGCCAGAGCAAGGAACCAGGGAAACCACUUCCAUCCUUAGGUCCUGUGGCAGUUGAUCCUAAAGGUUGUAUCACCAUAGCCAUCCAUGCCAAACCUGGCUCCAAACAAAAUGCUGUAACAGAUCUAACGGUGGAAACCAUAAACGCAGCUCUUGCAGCACCUCCACCACGCGGCAAGGGUAAUGCUGAGCUCUGCCACCAUCUUUCCAAGGUCUUAGAACUCAGGAAGAGUGAUGUGGUUCUGGAUAAGGGUGAUAAGUCUUGUAAAAAGGUGGUGAUUUUGGCCUUCACAACUCCAGAAGAGAUAUUGGAGAAAUCACAAAAGCAAGCCAAAAACAAAUAG